AUCACGAAUACAUUUCUGAUCGCAUUGCAGUUACCUUGAAGCACUUGACAACAAUCCUGACAUUGAUCGCAAUGAAACAAUAGGGCAAUUUAUUAAGUCAAAUGGCUGUUCGGAAUUAUUUCUGAAGGCUUAUCUGAUUCCAAUAUGUUCUUCAAUCUGGUCCUGUCCCCUAGAAGGAGUAAUGGGCUUUUCUGCUUAUUCCAUUCUUUCAUUCUUUCGCGACCAUCAUCUUCUUCAGCUCUUUGGUCUCUCUCAGUUGCUCACUGUAAGAUGGGGAUCACACAUAUCUGUAAACAAGGUUAAGGAGGGGCUGGAGAAGAGAGGCUGCCAAAUAAGAACUGGUUGUGAAGUAAAUUCUGUAUUGACAGAUGAAGAAGGUCUAGUUUGGUUUUAUUUUUGGCUUGUUGCAAGAGUUUGUUGUGCUGAUUAUUUUAUCAUAAUAGUAGAUGGGCGUAUAUCUGUUGGAAAACGGAUAGGUUAUUACCUAAUGGCAAUUUAUUUAAUGGAAAAGGCCUAAAAAUGCCACUCAACUAACAUAAAUGGCCUAUCUAUGCCAUC